AUGUCGUCACCACCUCCACGUAAAGACCUGGUCUUCAAUCACAAACCACUGACACUCCGCCCGCAGCUCGGCCAUGACAUGCUGGUCGACUCAGACUACGACGAGAAGCAACAGGAUGUGGCUAUAAUCUCACCCGAAGACGACUCGAUGGAGGAAGUCGCCGUCCAGGAGCCUCGCGCCGACGACUAUGCUGCCAUGCGCAACCGCUUCAUGCCCGAAGACCCCGACCUCGAAAUCGAGUCCGAGACAACCUUCACAUGGGACAUCAAAGACUGGCGUACGCUGCCUAGAAGACACCACAGUCCGACCUUCCACACCGGAGAUCACCCCUGGAAAGUUCUUUUCUUCCCCGCCGGCAACAACGCGACCGAGUCAGUCAGCUUCUACCUCGAACAGGGCUAUGGAGAAGAGGACAAGCCCCGGCAGACUGAAAAGAGCAGAGUGUUUGCUACCCGCUUUGACGACAAGGACCGUCCUCUGAUUGAGAACGAUUCUGCCAAACUAACCGCCUAUGUCCGCGUCUUGAGAGACCCAACUGGUGUUCUCUGGCACAACUUUGUCAAUUAUGAUUCGAAGAAAGAGACCGGCAUGGUGGGUCUGCGCAACCAGGGCGCAACUUGCUAUCUCAACUCUUUGCUCCAAUCUCUCUUCUUCACCAAUGCUUUCCGCAAGGUAUNNGCUGUGUAUCAAAUACCCACCGAGAACGAGACAGACGCACGCAAUAGCAGUGCAUGGGCCUUGCAACGCCUCUUCUACAAGCUCCAGACAGAUCCCGCCGCCGUCUCUACUAUGGAACUCACACAAUCAUUCGGAUGGGAGUCACGCCAGGUCUUCGAGCAACAGGACGUCCAAGAACUUUCUCGCAUCUUGAUGGACAAGUUGGAAGAGAAGAUGAAGGGCACAGAAGCUGCAAACGUACUAGCCGAGAUGUUUGUUGGCAAGAUGAAGACAUAUCUCCGCUGUAUCAACGUCGACUACGAGAGCUCUCGCGUUGAAGACUUCUGGGACCUGCAACUCAACGUCAGCGGCUGCAAGACUCUGGAUGACAGUUUCCGCGACUAUGUCCAGGUCGAGACUCUUGAGGGCGAUAACAAGUAUGCCGCCGAAGGAUACGGUUUGCAAGACGCAAAGAAGGGUGUCAUCUUCGAGAGCUUCCCUCAAGUUUUGCAUCUCCAACUCAAGCGAUUCGAGUACGACUUUGUGAGGGACGCCAUGGUCAAGGUCAACGACCGAUACGAGUUCCCCGAGAUCUGGGAUGCCUCGCCAUACCUUUCCGAGACAGCCGACCGCUCUGAGCCCUACAUCUACCGCCUUCACGGUGUACUUGUCCACAGCGGUGACAUGAACGCCGGCCACUACUAUGCUUUCCUCAAGCCCACCAAAGACAGCUCAUUCUUCAAAUUCGACGACGACCGCGUAACUCGCGCCACUCCCAGAGAAGCCAUGGACGAGAACUUUGGAGGUGACUACGCCCCAACUGGCCCUAACGGCGCCACAAAGAUGCAGAACCCUUUCACUCGCCAAUGGUCAACUAAGCGAUCCAUGAGUGCUUACAUGCUUGUCUACAUCCGUGAGAGCCGCAUCGAUCAAAUCCUCGGAGAUAGCGACAGUAUUCAACCCCCAACCCAUCUCCCCAGUCGUCUUGCCGAAGAGCGUGCUGCCGUUGAACGCAAGAGAAAGGAACGCGAAGAAGCUCACUUGUACAUGAACGUCCAGAUCGCCACAGAGGCCAACUUCCGCUCCUACCAAGGCUUUGACCUGGUUGACUGGAAGUCAACGGACCAGGAAGACGAUGUUGCUCCCAAAGUCUUGCGAUUCAAGAAGGCAAUGACUUUGUCAGAACUCAACGAGCAUGUCGCCCAGGACAUCGGUACUGAUGCUGAUCUAAUUCGUCCCUGGGUCAUGGUUAACCGCCAAAAUGGCACUGUCAGACCCGAUCACCCUCUCAACUACUCGACGAUGACGCUCGAAGAAGCGAAUGCCAAAUUCUCUACCAGAGCAGCAUCCUUCCGUCUCUUCAUUGAACAGACUACACGUGGUGAGGAUGGCAAACCGAUUUGGGAUACCGACGUCACGCCAGCCCCUGGUCCAGCCCAGGAGCAAAAGCCUAUCAUUGUUCUCCUCAAGCAUUUCGACCUCGAAACACAGACACUCAAAGGUGUCGGCCACGCAUACAUGCUCCAAAGCCAAAAGGUGCAGGAUCUUGCGGAACCGGUCUUGAAGCUCAUGGGUUGGGAAGCCGGCACGUCGCUCAAGCUUUACGAGGAGAUCAAGCAAAACUUCAUCGAUGUCAUGAAGCCCAAGCAGACUCUAGGACAAUCGGAGAUCCAAGACGGCGACAUUGUCUGCUUCCAGAAGGUCAUGCCUACGGAAGAAGUCCAAGCAUUCCAACAGAAGUACCCCUCUGCUUACAUUGACGCAAACUCCUUCUAUGACUAUCUCUUGAACCGCAUCCGCGUAUUCUUCCUACCCCGCCCUGCAGCACCACAGAGCGUCCCUCUCGAACAAGGCGCAGACGAGUUUGAGAUGUACCUCUCAAGGAAGGACAGCUAUGACAUACUGGCGACCAAGACAGCACAACAUUUGUCAGCAAUCUCAAAGACAGACGUGGACCCUACCCACCUGCGCUUCACUACCGUCAACUCUCAGAGUGGCAAGCCCCGAGGACCGGUGAAGCGCACGCCUACAACGACAGUGCACACGAUCCUUGCCGGCGUCGGUACAGGUGGAUAUGGUGGCGGUUAUGGUUACACCAACCAAGCGCCCGACACACUAUACUACGAAGUCCUGGAAAUGAGCUUGACCGACUUGGAACAGCGCAAGACUGUCAAGGUGACUUGGUUGCCUGAAGGAGUAACCAAGGAAGAAACAUUUGACUGCCUCGUACCUAAGGUCGGCACCUUUGAAGACGUUCUUCCAGUAUUCCAGAGGAAGGCCAAGCUACCAGAUGAGCUCAUUGAGCAAAUCCGCUUCUACGAGGCACAUUCGGGCAAAGUGUAUAAGAAUCUCAACCUGGACACACCUGUUUCGACCUUGAACGAGUUUAUGCAGGUCUAUGCAGAACGCCUUCCAGAGGAGGAACGUGAAGCUGAGAAGGAGGGAACACCACCUCUUAUUGGAUGCUUCCACUACGACAAAGAGCCUGCCAAACCGCAUGGUGUGCCUUUCAUCUUCCUCGUCAAGCAAGGUGAAAUCUUCAAGGAGACCAAGGAGAGAUUGUCAAAGCGUACGGGCAUCAAGGGCAAGCAAUUCGAAAAGAUCAAGUUUGCAGUUAUCCCUCACGGCAGCUAUUCUCGACCAAAGCCUCUUGAAGAUGAUGACAUUCUGUCAGAAAACUACAGCGAGGGCGACCAGCUCGGGCUGGACCAUGUCAACAAGGCGCGCAACGCAUGGCUCAAGUACGAGAGCUUGAACAUUCGAUAG